AUGGCAUCUGCAACGAAGACAGGACUGGAAGUCAAGGUCAUUGGCAACGCAUCCAACUUCUGGCUGUGGAGCGAAAGAGAUGGUUUCGACUUGACGCACCCAGAGACCUCCUCCUCACCCCUACUCCACCCACGCAUUUCUCUCCAGACUACGAAUAGUCCGAUUACUAUUGCUCCUUCUAAGACUGCUCUGGUUAUCGUCGAUAUGCAGAACUUCUUCCUCUCUCGCUCGCUGGGCCGGAAGGGGCAGGGCCACGAUGCCGAGGCUGCGUUGCUGCAGCAUGCUCUGCCCGCCGCCCGCAAAGCAGGAAUCCAAGUCAUCUGGCUCACAUGGGGACUGACAGACGCGGAUCUCGAGGUCAUGUCACCUACAAUGCUGCGUAUAUUCAAAUUCGACGAUAAUGGAUCUGCUCAGGUACAAGCUACCGGAGCACUGUCAGGAGUCGAGCAAACUACCAUGCGCAUGGCAGAGGAUGGUGCGGUGAGACGGCGAACUGAAGGCAUAGGUUUCGAUAUUGGACCCGUGAAACUUGCGAAUGGGCAGGUAGUCGAAGGUGGAAGGAUGUUAGUUCGAGAUACCUGGAACGCAGCAAUGCCUCUGGAUUUGAACGAUUCCUUUAAGGAAGGCCAGGCCUCAGAAUCAAAUCCUGACAUUUUAAUCCACAAGAACCGCAUGUCGGGAUUCUGGGAUCGAGAGAUGAAGCGAGUGAAAGUCCUAGAAGAGAAGGGAGUCCGAACUUUGUUAUUUGUUGGGAUAAAGACUGAUAUGUGUGUUAUGGCCAGUCUCCUAGAUGCCUGGCAUGCUGGGUUUGAUGUCAUUUUAUUGAAAGAUGCUUGUGGGACAACAAGUCCACGUUAUGUUUCAGAUGCCGUGGAAUUCAACUGUGCGAGGAUAUGGGGUUUUGUUAGUGACAGCAAAGCCUUGGAGCAAGGUGUGAACAAUAUGCUAGAUGCUGUCUAAUACGGAUUUUUAAGGUUUGCAGACACAUUGAACGUAAACUAAAAGCAGGAUGUUUUUGAAGGAGAUGGAUAAUAUGUACAUCAUAGGGUUUGUCAGAGAAUCAGAAUCAGGCUAAGCAUAAUGAUUUCAAGUCCAUCGAUUCAGAUCUUUAUCACGCUCUUCAUAUCAGCUGCGAAGUACUGCUGUUUUCCAGUGACAAU